AUGCCGCGGAACCAGGGCUUCUCCGAGCCGGAGUACUCGGCUGAGUACUCUGCUGAGUACUCUGUCAGCCUGCCCUCUGACCCUGACCGUGGGGUGGGGCGGACCCAUGAAAUCUCCGUCCGGAACUCAGGGUCUUGCCUCUGUUUACCUCGCUUUAUGCGGCUGACUUUUGUGCCUGAAUCCUUGGAGAACCUCUAUCAGACCUACUUCAAAAGGCAGCGCCAUGAGACCCUGCUGGUGCUGGUGGUGUUUGCAGCCCUCUUCGACUGCUACGUGGUGGUCAUGUGCACCGUGGUCUUCUACAAAGACAUGCUGGCACCUCUUGUCGUGGCUGGGAUCGGGCUGGUGUUGGACAUCAUCCUCUUCGUGCUCUGCAAAAAGGGGCUCCUCCCUGAUCGGGUCACCCGCAAAGUGGUGCCCUACUUGCUGUGGCUGCUGAUAACAGCCCAGAUCUUCUCCUACCUGGGCCUGAACUUUGCCCGUGCCCAUGCAGCCAGCGACACAGUGGGCUGGCAGGCCUUCUUUGUCUUCUCCUUCUUCAUCACGCUGCCCCUCAGCCUCAGUCCCAUCGUCAUCAUAUCUGUGGUCUCCUGUGUUGUACACACGCUCGUCUUGGGGGUCACUGUGGCCCAGCAGCAGCAGGACCAACUGAAGGGGAUCCAGUUGCUGAGGGAGAUCCUGGCCAACAUCUUCCUCUACCUGUGUGCUAUCAUUGUGGGCAUCAUGUCCUACUACAUGGCAGACCGCAAGCACCGCAAGGCCUUCCUGGAGGCCCGCCAGUCACUAGAGGUGAAGAUGAACCUGGAGGAGCAGAGCCAACAGCAGGAGAAUCUUAUGCUUUCCAUCCUGCCCAAGCAUGUGGCAGAUGAGAUGUUGAAGGACAUGAAGAAAGAUGAGAGCCAGAAGGACCAGCAGCAGUUCAACACCAUGUACAUGUACCGUCACGAGAAUGUCAGCAUCCUCUUUGCUGACAUCGUGGGCUUCACCCAGCUCUCUUCUGCCUGCAGUGCCCAGGAACUUGUGAAGCUACUCAAUGAGCUCUUUGCCCGCUUUGACAAGCUGGCAGCAAAAUACCACCAGCUACGGAUUAAGAUCCUGGGUGACUGUUACUACUGCAUCUGUGGCCUGCCUGACUACAGGGAGGACCAUGCCGUCUGCUCCAUCCUCAUGGGACUGGCCAUGGUAGAGGCCAUCUCGUAUGUACGGGAGAAAACACAGACCGGGGUGGACAUGCGUGUGGGGGUGCACACGGGCACCGUGCUGGGUGGCGUCCUGGGUCAGAAGCGCUGGCAGUACGACGUGUGGUCUACCGAUGUCACCGUGGCCAACAAGAUGGAGUCAGGCGGCAUCCCAGGGCGCGUGCACAUCUCCCAGAGCACCAUGGACUGCCUGAAAGGAGAGUUUGAUGUGGAGCCAGGUGAUGGAGGCAGCCGCUGUGAUUACCUAGAAGAAAAGGGCAUUGAAACCUACCUCAUCAUUGCAUCCAAGCCAGAGGUGAAGAAGAGAGCCAUCCAGAAUGGCCUCAAUGGCUCGGCCCUGCCAAAUGGAGCACCACCAUCCUCAAAGCCCAACUCUCCUGCCCUCAUUGAGACCAAGGAGCCCAAUGGGAACACUGCCGGCUCCACAUUGGAGGAGGCCGAGGAGCAUGAAGCCCAGGCAGACAACCCAUCGUUCCCCAACCCUCGCCGGAGGCUGCACCUUCAGGACCUGGCUGAUCGUGUGGUAGAUGCCUCUGAAGACGAGCAUGAGCUUAACCAGCUGCUCAAUGAGGCCCUGCUCGCACGAGAGUCUGCCCAGGUAGUAAAGAAGAGAAACACCUUCCUUCUGUCCAUGCGGUUCAUGGACCCCGAGAUGGAAAUCCGCUACUCAGUGGAGAAGGAAAAGCAGAGUGGGGCCGCCUUCAGCUGCUCCUGUGUUGUCCUGCUAUGUACGGCCCUGGUUGAGAUACUCAUUGACCCUGGGCUGAUGACAAACUAUGUGACUUUUGUGGUUGGGGAGAUUCUGCUUCUGAUCCUGACAGUCUGCUCAUUGGCUGCCAUCUUUCCUCGGGCCUUUCCUAAGAAGCUUGUGGCCUUCUCAACAUGGAUUGAUCGGACCCGCUGGGCCAGGAACACCUGGGCCAUGUUAGCCAUCUUCAUUCUGGUUUUGGCAAACGUCGUGGACAUGCUCAGUUGCCUCCAGUACUACACGGGCCCCAACAACAUGACUGCAGGGAUGGAAGCGGAGCAGUACGGCUGCAUGGCAAACCCCAAGUAUUACAACUAUGUCGCUGUGCUGUCUCUCAUCGCCACCAUCAUGCUGGUGCAGGUCAGCCACAUGGUGAAGCUGACACUCAUGCUGCUUGUCACAGGCGCGGUGGCCGUCAUCAACCUCUAUGCCUGGUGCCCCAUCUUCGAUGAAUACGACCAAAGACGUUUUCAGGAGCAUGAUAUUCCCGUCAUCACCUUAGAGAAGAUGCAAGUAUUUUCCACCCUUGGGUUCAAUGGGACUGACAGGUUGCCCCUGAUGCCUUCUAAGUACUCGAUGACAGUGAUGAUGGUCGUCAUGAUGCUGAGCUUUUACUACUUCUCCCGCCAUGUGGAAAAACUGGCACGGACCCUGUUCUUAUGGAAGAUUGAGGUCCAUGACCAGAAGGAACGUGUUUAUGAGAUGCGACGCUGGAACGAGGCCUUGGUCACCAACAUGCUGCCUGAACACGUGGCCCGCCAUUUCCUGGGUUCCAAGAAGAGAGAUGAGGAGCUGUACAGCCAGUCUUAUGAUGAGAUUGGAGUCAUGUUUGCCUCCCUGCCCAACUUUGCUGACUUCUACACAGAGGAGAGCAUCAAUAACGGUGGCAUUGAAUGUCUGCGCUUCCUCAAUGAGAUCAUCUCAGACUUCGACUCUCUCCUGGACAAUCCCAAAUUCCGGAUCAUCACCAAGAUCAAAACCAUUGGCAGUACCUACAUGGCAGCUUCAGGAGUCACCCCAGAUGUCAACACCAACGGUGUGAAUAGUUCCAACAAGGAGGAGAAGUCGGAGAAGGAACGCUGGCAGCACCUGGCUGAUCUGGCUGACUUUGCACUGGCCAUGAAGGACACGCUUACAAACAUCAACAACCAGUCCUUCAACAACUUCAUGCUGCGCAUAGGCAUGAACAAAGGAGGGGUACUGGCUGGGGUCAUUGGAGCCCGUAAACCACACUAUGACAUCUGGGGCAAUACAGUCAACGUAGCCAGCAGAAUGGAGUCCACGGGGGUCAUGGGCAACAUUCAGGUGGUGGAAGAAACACAAGCUAUCCUUCGAGAAUAUGGCUUCCGCUUCGUGAGGCGAGGUCCUAUCUUUGUGAAGGGAAAAGGGGAGCUGCUGACCUAUUUCCUAAAGGGACGUGACAAGCCAGCUGCCUUCCCUAAUGGUUCCUUUGUCACAUUGCCCCACCAGGUGGUAGACAACUCCUGA